AUGCCCGGCCCACGAUCACUCAAAGCACAUGAGGACAUGUACAACACAGGGAAUCAUUAUGGAAUGGAAGUACAGCCAGCCACUCAAGACAUUGUGUUAGAAUCAUCAGACGGAGACCGAGAAUCAACCAAGGCCAACGCAAAGGUACCGCGCAUCUCAAAACCACAACUAACAUACAUUCCCUACCCAGAUGUCUUCGUGAUUCGGGUGGUACAGGGCGCAACGGCAACGGCAACGCUCGUGAACAACGAACGAACGAACACUCGUCGACGCUCGGCAUUCAAUGAUCAACGAUCAAUAAAUACUCAAUAA